AUGGUUGGACCCUUCGUGCAAGGAAUGUUUUUGAUUGGCAUCAUCUAUUGGUACUCCAAGGGCAUGAUGUCCAUGAUCAACGACUAUUAUCGAGGCGAAUUUCAGCGCAAGUUGCAGACGGAAACUGGGCCCAAGCCAAAGGCCGAGGCACCCAUCAAUGUGGAUAACUUUAUGGACUACGUGAGGGAGUUGGACUCCCCGGAGGAAGCUAAAAGAUAUCCCAGAACGGGACCUCUCAAUCCUCCCAUACAUACGGCUUACACCCACACUUUAUUAAGGUUUUUGGAAAUCACUGGGGCGCUCCCAGCUUUUGAUAUUUGCCUAAACACUAGCUCCAUAAGGUAG